AUCGCAGUCAGUUGAGCUAGAUUCUUAUACGCGGUUCUGCAAUGCAUUUCCAGCUUCGGAACGAGUGAAAAGUGAUUUUAAAGUGAAAUCGAAGAUUCCAACGGGAAAAAGUAUCGAACGCAACAAUCAUAGGUCCUCCGCGGUCGGAAUUUCAUCGAAAAUCGAGUGGGUAAAUAGCGAGUGUGUGCGCAAAUAAGUUGGGCAGAGUUCUGUUGCGUGUUAAAAAAGAACGAAAUAUGUCCUUACGUUUUGAUGUCUGAUACAUAUAUGGUAAUGGUGGCCAACAGUAGUGUGUGAGAGUCGACGUCGAACCAGUUUCAAUUUGAACGCAAAAAAUCAGGUUUUGUGCUGAGAAAAUCUGAUCGUGAUGUGCAAAUAAUGCGCUUUAGUUCCUUAAGUUUUGGUUAAGAUACGAAAAAUUUACGUCGAACAGUUCCAGUACCGUUUAAGUCCCAAAUAAAAAAAAAUAGUGUUGCGCGAGUCUCAAUCGAUCCACCUCAGCAGUUUUCCACUGCUCCGCAAACCACAGCACUGAUUGCGUUUGGGUGGCUACAAAGAUUUCCCAUCACCUUACGGCUAAAGUUUGUUGAAUUUUCAUGUCCCGUUCCGGAGAGGACCAGCAGGAAUCCGGUAUACAUCCCAUUGGAUAGCUCUUGGGUCAUUUGUGAGCAUUUCACCGAGAAAUAUUACACCAACAGUUAAACUACCGUGGAUAAUCCAUUUUAAGCACAGACACGAACAUCACGAGCCAGUUGCUGUUGUUGUUAUCAUCUGUUUUAUCUGUGAUAUUGUUACUCGAUUAAUUUGACGUAACGAGUAUUCUUCAGGGGGAUCUGACUCCGUCCUUAAAGGGUUAAGGUGCUACAUCCCCCUUUGGCCAAUAGUCAAAACAAAGCACGGCGAUAGCGUUUUAGUGAAUUACUACAGUGAGCGAAGAAUGUUGUGUUUUCUCCCUGAGUAGCCUGAGAGAAAUGAACAUUAUGGCAGCACAAGAGAAAGCAGUUGAGCUCAACGUUUGAACCGGGGUGUUGUGUCGCGAGUGUGUUUUUCAGUGGAGAAGUGCUCCCGAUCGAGAACUGACAGAAAUAGAAUCGAAUUUUAACAUAGACACAGUGUCAACAGCGAACGGUCAACUUCCGCGUCAAUGACUGAGUAAGUAAGCUCGAACGCUGCGAUAGGAACAAAUCUACAAUCAAAGUUUCCGAAAAUUUGGAAUGCAAUAAUAUCAACUAAAAUAUUUAACAAAAAAAAGAAAAGUUUGUUUUUUGUGCAAAUCGUGUGAAAACGAAUACUAUUAAACUGUAAUCGAAUGAUUGAUAACAUAAUCUAUCCCACGUGAAAAUCUACAUUUAACAUCUUACUAAAUCGCAGAAUAGUGCAUAUAUACCAAGAAUCUAUAUAUCUUCGAAGAAGAAACGAAAAAUUAUUAACUUCAGCCACAUUCAGUCAUUUCCCGACAAAAAUUUUUGAAAGAAAAUAUAUCUGUGAGUGAUCGAAUCAAUUUGGAGAGGGAGGGAGAAUAGAAAAAAAGCAUGUCCCAAUUGUGUAAGAAAUUUUACAACGCCUAACAAAGAAACAAAACUUACUCCUACCGACUAGCAAACAAGUGGGUAGUAGGCGAGUGUGGUUAUCAACGUUUUUGUCUGCUUUUAUCUGUGGUUUAAGCGUAAUCAGAAGCUAUAAGUACAUUACUAAGUGUGAGACGGAAGCAUGUGAAUGAUAAUAAUUUCAAUCUGUGAACUAUGUGACUUCGGUGGCGAAGUGAAAAUCGAAUCAAUAUUGUGUUCCGCAAGCGAAAUAUAAGAACAGAAAGCUUUACAAAAAAAGUGUUUGAACAAACUCAAAGAGACUUAACUACUAGUACACUAAAUAUAACAAAAAAAAAAAACAAAAAUACUGCGCUCGAGAUAGACACUCUCUGGCGUUUGGUAAAAUAAAGACUGAACAGAAAGUUAGUGGUUACUUUUGUAGGUCAAAACGGGUUCGACAAAAACCAAACCAGGAAGGAACCACAUGCCGUAACGUGAAGAAGCUGAACUGUUCCUAAACUACCGAUGGCUUGAAAUAAAUCAAAACAUUCCAGCAAGGCACGCUACGCCAAGAACAACGGAAGUUAGUUUCAUCCGAAAGUGUGUAUGGAAAGGCAACUACUACAAUGCCUACUAGCAACUACUCAAUUCGAUACGAACAAGUCUGAAUACGCUUCAAGUGAACUAUAGAAACAAACAAACAGAAAAAUGCUAUGAGAACAAUAGACGAUGCUGUGUUAGUGUAAAGAAAAAAAAAAACAAAACGAAGCGUAAGCCAACUGAUAGUAUUGCAAGUGGAUUUUUUUUUUGUCAAAACAUAAUCAUGGGUGCAAUAAUAAAUGCGAUCGUCGGUCGCCAGUCGUAUGAACAUACCAUCAUUAUCCAAAACAACCGCAACAACAAACAUAACAACAUCAGCCAUAAAGCAAAGAACGUGAAUAAUGAUUAUACUGUGAAUAUGAUAUGUGAUUUUAUUGAUUACCUGAUUAAAUUUAAUGUUGAUCUUAGCAUAAGCGUAGAAAAAAUCAUUUUACUACAACAUCAGCAACAAUACACUACAAAUGACCAAAACUUAGUAGAUAAGGCCAAACCCCGUACUACCGCAGGCAAGUCACAGCUUGUAGUGGUGCAUGAUAUACCAGCUAUCUCAUCCGGGUACACAUCAUUCGAUGAGCUUCUGAGAUUAACUGCUCGCCAGCGGAAGCUGGAAGCAACCGGAACUAACGUUUCCCGUUUUCUGCGUCUCCGUGGAGGAGGCGAAGGUUCACUGAACAACGGAACCAGUGCCUGGGGAUCACCCCCCAGCAAUCCCAAUGCCAACUCCUGGGGUGCACUUGCUCCUCAGCAGCAAGGUUGGGGCAAUACACCUCCGAAUGCGAACCAAAGGUCUGAGUUGAACAAGUCAAUGCAACCACUUCAGGGAUCCGGUGCAGGUGGCCCCUUAGUUGGAGGAAACAAUGGUGGCAGUAACAACUGGAAUCAAGUUGUUAAUCCUAAUAAGCCGCCCCUUCAGCCACCUCCUCAGCAACAACAGCAACAACCACAACAAUCUAAUCAAUCCAAUCCAUUGAGUGGCAAUUUGGGGGGUAAUACAAAUCAACCUCCACCAUCUCAACAACAAGCACAACAGCAGCAACAACAACCACCACAACAACAACCGCAACAACAACAACAGCAACAGCAGCAAUCUUUACCACCAACUGGUGGUAAUGCUCAACUUGUGUCACAACCAGGAGUUCCAGCCCAAAGUUCAUCAUCUAAACUCGAACAUCUUAACUCAAUGCGCGAGGCUUUGUUCAGCCAGGACGGCUGGGGUUGUCAGCAUGUCAACCAAGAUACCCAAUGGGAUGUUCCCGUAUCACCGGAACCACUGAAAGAUGCUUUAAAAACUAACUUCAACAACGGAACGGAACUGUGGGAAACAAAUCUACGAAACGGAGGACAACCCACACAACAAACCACUCAAAAGACACCGUGGGGACCUUCCAGUAACAUCGGAGGCACCUGGGGUGUUGAUGAUGAUAGCAAUGCCGAAAACACCAGUGUUUGGACGGGUGGAACGGCCGGAAAUGCCAAUCCUCCCGCUCCUGGUCAACCAAAUUGGAAUCAAAAUAACAAUGCCAUGUGGCCACCAAACGUUGCCAAUGCUCCACCCAAAAAGGAACCGGAAUGGACUGGCAAUGUAGGAGGUGUCGGAGGUUCCGGUGGAAACAAUUGGGAGAAUCGUGGUGCGGCCGCUCCUCCGCCUCCACAUGCGGCGGCUCCCCAGUUGGAUAUUGCCAAUGUUGAUAUGCGAAAUAUGCGUCCCCCGGGAGCUAUCGAACCGAAUCGCGAGUUCCGUGGAGAUCCACGUGGUAUUUCUGGUCGUUUGAAUGGCAGUUCUGGGAUGUGGGAUCAACAUCCGAUGCCAAAUACUCCACUGAACAAAAUGCCACCGCAACCACCGUUGUUAAAUUCUGCAGCCGGCGGUAAUCAAUGGCCCAUUGGUGCUGGUGGUCCGCAAAACAUUCCUCCAUCUAAACCACAAACUGGAUGGGAUGAAGCAUCGCCGCCUGCCAGCCGUCGCAAUAUGUCCAACUUAGAUGAUGGAACUUCAUUGUGGGGUUCUUCCGCAAACCCUAAUCGUCCCAACGGUCCGGAUGCCAUGAUUCGUAACAACCGAAAUCCACUUGGCGCUAACUCCGGGCCCGUAGGUCCCGGUGGAAUAGGUGGCCCCAGACUCGGUGGACCUAGCGGAAAUCAAAUGAAAUCGGACAACAUGUGGGGCCAUGGUGGACCGGGUCCGAUCCGUAACGGUUCGUGGGAUGAUGGCAAUGUUGGUAGCAAUUGGGAAGAGAAAGGCCCCGGGCCACUCGGUACAGCAGGUAGUGGUGGAUCGACCUGGAACGAUGGCCCGGGAAAUCCUCCGUCAUGGAAUAACAAGAAGCCAAUGGUUGGCGGUACCAAUGUAUGGCCCGAGACAACAGAUUUGAUGGGGGGAGGUGAAUGGGGUGUUGGAGUCGGCAAACCUCCGAACAAGCACAAUCCACAGGACAUUAUCCGUUGUAGCAAACAAUUUCGCAUUCUGUAUGAAAUGGGUUUCAAGAAGGAGGACAUCGAACAGGCUCUUCGUACGGCCAAUAUGAGCUUAGAGGAAGCAAUGGAAAUGCUACAGCGCAACAAUGGAAACAAUAUGCCCGAUCUGAGACGCCACGAUGAUCAUCCGGGUAACUUUGAGCCACCGUUCUCCGGUGGGCGUUAUCCAGGCAGUGGGGCUGGACCACCGCUGCAGUUUCCACAGAACACUCAAAAUGGACCCAACAACAUGCCCGGUGGUAUGGGUGGCGGUAAUUCAAAUCUGUCCGGUUUGAACAACCUUUACAAACCGUUGCAAAGCUACUUGAAUCAAGCGCCCCCAUCUGGACCGGGUCAGUUUGGUCAAGGUGGUCCGAAUGGAUCCGGUGGUGGCGGUGGUGGAGGUGGUAGCGGCAGUGGCGGUUUAGGUGGUGUCGGAAGUGUACUGGGUGGUGGCGGCGGCGGCGGUGGUGGUGUUGGUGGUGGUGGUGCUGGUCAAAAUUCUUCAGCCCAGCCGUCAACCCAACAGUUGCGUAUGUUGGUGCAACAGAUUCAGAUGGCAGUUCAGGCCGGUUAUCUUAACCAUCAGAUACUUAAUCAACCGUUGGCACCGCAAACGCUGUUCUUAUUGAAUCAGUUGCUGAAUAAUAUCAAGCAACUGCAACUAACUCAAACUAAUCUUCAGCGCGGUGGCGGUGGUGGUGGAGGUGGUAACCAGAUGUCGAUGAUUCCCAAAAUCAAACAACAAAUUGCCGGAUUGCAAAACCAAAUUGCUACUCAACAGGCCAUCUACGUGAAGCAGCAACAGCAACAACAACAGCACGGAAGUCAUCAUCACUCGGGCAAUACCUCCAAUAUCACUCAUCUGGGAGGUAAUUUCCAUCGGGAGCAGAACGAUUUAACAACUCUUCAAAAUAGUUUGUCCGAGAUGGGUUUGGGUAAAGAGCAAACUGGUCCGUAUCAUCAUGGACCGGGUGGAGUUGGUGGUGGUGUUGGUGGAGGCGUUGGCGGUGGUGCUGGAGGAGUUGGAGGUGGUGGUGGUGGUGGUAACGGUGGUGGUUCGACAAGUCAGCAAUCUCGUUUGAACCAAUGGAAGUUACCAUCCAUGGAGAAAGAUAUUGGGCAUGAUUUGACAGAUUUUUCACGUGCUCCGGGAACUACCGCCAAGUCCACACUUUCAACCGCGGGAUCCGGCAUGGCUGGAUUAGGCGGACUUCAGGGCGAUAACACUUGGUCUACUGGACGAGGUAGCAUCACAGAUGGAUGGCCAGAUUCGGCUGGAGAUGCUGCUGGUAAAGAGUGGCCAUCAAAUCAGGAAACGUUUACAGAUUUGGUGCCAGAGUUUGAACCUGGAAAGCCCUGGAAGGGCACACAAAUGAAGAUUGAAGAGGAUCCAACCAUUACACCAGGCAGUAUCGCACGCAGUCCGAUCGCAUCGAUUUCGAUUGGUGCGGCCAAAGAUUCCGAUUUGUUUGCUAACAGCAGCAAACCAUCUCCGACCGAUUCGAUUAGUUUGACUUCCUCUACUUGGAGUUUCAAUCCAGGCAAUAACAAUUUUUCAAGUUCUAUUUCCAAGCUCGGUGGAAAUAAAAACACUUGGUCUGACGCUGGCGCCACUGAUUUAUGGGGAUCUGGAUUGGGUGGGGGCACCGGAGGUGGCAAGACUCCCCGUGGACCUCCACCGGGAUUGUCUGCUGGAAAGAAUUCUGGUGGUUUUGGCUCUAAUGGGUGGAAUCAUCGUACAGGACAAGUCGGUAAUUGGGCAUCAGGUGGAGGAGGCGGCGGAACCGGUCCCACAUGGUAUUCUACAUGGGUCUUGCUGAAAAAUCUUACUGCACAGAUUGAUGGUUCAACAUUGCGCACGCUAUGCAUGCAACAUGGACCGUUGCAGAAUUUCCACCUUUAUCUUAACCAUGGAAUAGCUUUGUGCAAGUACAUGUCUCGCGAAGAGGCAAACAAAGCUCAACAAGCACUGAACAACUGCGUGCUAGGAAACACCACAAUUUGUGCAGAAUCGCCGACGGAUAGUGAGGUGCACACUAUUCUGCAACAUUUGGGUAUACCGGGAAAUAAUAACAAUAACAACAACAAUAAUAAUAACAACAACAUAAACGUUAAUUCUGGUAUUGGAGGAGUCGGAGGUAACAACAAUAACAACUCACAACAGUGGCGUUCGGGUGGUUCGCAGCAGUCGAAUGCACGUUCGGCAGCCGAUACCUGGGGAUCCGGCUGGCCCUCCUCUGGUUCGGGUGCAAACUUGUGGACACCACUGGACGGAACAACAGAACGCGGUACGCCUUCCAAUUUGAACUCCUUCCUGCCGGAAAAUCUGCUCGGCGGUGAGUUGAACUGAGUAGCGAGAAUCAAGUGAGUAAAACUUGUUCAUCAUUGAUUGACGCAACACACCUGUCUUGCUGUGUGACCUGAGAGGUAAAUCUUUGGGGCUAUCAAUGUCAACUUUGCACGAACAAGUGCACACCCGUACUAUUAGGAUAUAGUGGUAAACAGUGUGAUUCAGAAUCAUGUUAAACAUAUAGCAGGAACUACUUGACACACCGAUUUUUACUAUUGAAGAACAACAAAAAAAGCGUACAAUAUCAAGAAUAGAGUUUGAACGGCAGCGAUGCGGGCAAAUUGAUAUUUUGUACAAUUUUAUUUUUGCUAUCUAUUUGGAAGAACAUAAUGUUAGGAUAUAAGCAAUGAUGAAAGCGUUUAAAACUUUAUUACCUGACCUAAGUUGUUGUUACAAUUUUAUGUUUUUAUAUGUAUAUUUAAAUUAGUUGUCUACCAAACGAAUCUGAUCAGAUAUUUCAAUCGAAAAUAUUCGGGUAAGCUUUAAUAAUAACACACAAAAAAAAAGAAACAACAACAAGAAACAUUA